UCUGGUAGUCAUGUCCGCUGACCAGGGGUACUACUGGUGCAAGGCRACCACGCCCUAUGGGGUUCAAGUGCAAAGUCAAAAGGCACUGAUUGUUCUUGAAGAUUAUUUUACUUCAAUAGUGAAAUUUCAAUUGAAAAGCAAGUCGAGAUCGCCACGUUCAGAUAAGUACUGUAUGCCGUGCGAUCAAAUUGUUAGAUAUCUCACCGAUAAAUCAUCGAUCAAAUACAGUCAAGGUGCUUGCAAGACCUGGAGUGUAAGAAAUCGAGUUCAAGUGGAAUGUACGAUUUAUCGUCAAAAGAAUCAACAAGAUAUAACUGACUAUUACAAUAACCUGAGAACAACACUAAGACAAGCAGCAAGACGAGGUCGGGAACUAAAGCAGGUGCAAUGGAAAACUCUUGAGGUCAUAGAUUCAGAAAUCUGUGUCGAAGAAAAAACAGGUAAAGAAAGUUUUAAAGGUGUUUUUACGUGGCCAUCAAGAGUUCCUGGUCAGUCAAGUAGUGUUGGGUGUCCCUAUGGUCCAARUGAYAAGUCSCUAAGGUCCAUGGCGAGUCGUUCGUGCAAUGGUGACUUUAUUCGAGGAGCGACAUGGAGUGUCCCGGAUGAAAAACACUGUCGAUUUAAUUCCAAAAAGACAGAUGAUCUCAACAAGUUAUCAAAGAUUCGUGUCAACCCCCAAAAUGCCAGAGAAGUUGCCAAGAAUCUUACGAAACUAAUCAAGUCUUAUAAAGUCGAAUCUCUAACAGAAUCAGAUGCUGAUCUUGCUGCUGAUCUCGUACGAGAUAUCAUUACAAACAAAGACAGACUCAAUGAGACCGCUGGCYUAGUCCUUGAUAUUGUUGACACAAUUAUGAACAUGAACAAGACAACUCUCGGUGAAAGUGAARCAGCCACUUCCAAGCUAACCACGACACUAGACAUCCUUGCAGAGAAUGUUCCCAUGGAAAAAGGCAAGGCCUCGAGGGUGUUUAACACAUCAAACCUUGUAUUACAAGUAAAUGAAGUCACUAAAAGAGACUUUCAAGGAAUCGCAUUUGCUGUCUCAAAGGGUGGUUUCCCCGUCACGAAAUCUGAGGAAACAAAAACUUCGAUAAAACUCCCUUCAUCACUGCUAAGAAACACCAAAAGAAAUUCUGUUCGAGUUGGUUUCAUCUAUUAUGCAAACAACAAGUUUUUCCAGCCAUUGAUAGAUGAAGAUGAAGAACAAGAACAAAACGAAAGUGAAGCAAGCCAGCCAAGUCAACGAGUGUUGUCAAGUAGUGUGUUCAACACUGAUACUUCCAAUCUGCUUGAGCCUGUCGUUCUGAGGUUUCCAAAACCAGAAAAAGAAGACAAUGAACAAACUGUCAAUUCGUCUUGUGUCUUCUGGAGAGAGGACGUAAGUCAAUGGUCUGAUGUCGGUUGCAAGGURUGCGAGAWGAWCGACGAUGUAGAUGACGAUACCGUUGAGUGCUGUUGUAACCACUUGACGAGUUUUGCUGUUCUCUUUUCKCCCGGGACACCUAAACCSUCCACGAAAGCCUACACAAARCAUGCGUUUGCUUUGAGUAUCAUCACGUACGUUGGAUGUGGAAUCUCGUUGGUUGGUGUAUUGCUCACAUUUCUUACUUAUUUAUUAUUUCGGUAAGUGGCUUUAUAAAUAAACUUAGUUU